GAGCCAAAACGGCAAAACCCCACCUAAAACCUCGCUAGCCUCCACCACCACCGGCGACGGCGACCAUGCGCCGUCAUCUCGACCUGCUCCCCCGCCUCCUCCUCCGCCGCCACGUCCACCGCCGCGCCAGUCCCGGGGCCUCGCCGCCCCCGCCCCCGCCGCCCAACCCGCCGCGCCCGCCGCAGAAGCCCGAGCCCGUCACCAUCCACGGGGAGACGUGGCACGACAGCUACGCCUGGAUGGGCUCGCUCUCCGACGCCGCCGCCAUGCGCCACAUGGACGUCCACAUGGAGGCCGAGGAGAAGUACGCCGAGGCCUGCCUCGCCGCCGCCGGCGCCGACCGCCUCGCCCGCAAGCUCCAGCUCGAGAUGGCCUCCCGCCUCGCCUCCGACGCCUGCACGCCGCCCGCCCGCUGGGGCCCCUGGCUCUACUACCGCCGAGCGGACGAGGGCAAGCAGUACCCCGUGCUCUGCCGCCGCUCCGCCGCCCUCCAUGGGGAGUUCGUCUCCUACAGCGACCCCUCCGCGGGGUUCGACUUCACCGCUGGGAAGCGCAUCGAACAGAAAUUGGUGGAUUACAACAAGGAAGCCGAGCGAUUCGGAGGAUACUCAUAUGAGGAGCUAUCAGAAGUUUCUCCAGAUCACCGCUUCAUUGCGUACACCAUGUAUGACAAAGAUAAGGAUUCUUUCACUUUAAUGGUCAGGGAUCUGGUGACGGGCACACUAUGUGAUAAACCUCGUGCUGAUCGGGUCUCAAAUAUUUCAUGGGCUAUGGAUGGGAAAGCACUGGUUUAUAUUGUUACAAAUGAGGAUAGAAGACCAUAUAGGCUGUUUUGCAGCAUUAUUGGAUCAAACAAGGAUGAUAUUCUUAUAUUGGAAGAACCUGAUGAGAAUAUUUAUUUGAAUAUCAGACAUACGAAGGAUUUUCGGUUUAUAACAUUAAAUGUCUUUUCAGACACGCACUCAAAGGUAUAUUUAAUAAGGGCUUCUGACCCCUUGUCCAGAAUGACACUGGUAUGGGAAGGUGAAUCCCAAGUUCAUUGCAUUGUGGAGCAUCAUCAUGGACGCCUGUAUUUAUUCACAGAUGCUGCAAGAGAAGGUGUCUGUGUUAAUUCACAUUACCUAAUGCAGUGUGAUGUGGAAUCUCCUGGGCCAAAGAGUUGGAAGAAUGUUUUCCUUGAGGAACCAGGUAUUAUUCUUGAAGAUGUUGACUUUUGCAAUACUCAUAUGGUGCUUAUUCUGAGACAAGGCAGAAAACUCAGACUUUGUUCAGUUAAUCUGCCUCUACCUGAAAAUAUUCAAGUACCUGCUCAUCUAUCAGAUUUUCACCCACUUGACUUGCCUCUUCCCAAUCAUGUGUGUCAGAUUUUAUCUGGCCCAAAUUAUGACUACUAUUCCUCAACAAUGCGUUUCACAAUAUCAUCACCCGUGAUGCCAGAUGCAGUUGUUGAUUACAACUUACUAAGUGGAAAGUGGCAAAUGGUGCAACAGCAAAACAUGCUUCAUGAGAGAACAAAGGUACUGUAUGGGAAUGCUUUUGCUUCUAGUGCGGGCAAGCUGUCUUCAGAUGGAGCUGAUUUGUCAAGUGAAGAUUUGGGAGAUUGUGACUGGAACGAGCUCUCUGAAUACUAUGCAUGUGAGUACUAUGAUGUUCCAUCGAAGGACGGAGUUUUGAUUCCACUCACCUUGGUAUAUUCACGAAAGCACAAGCAAGAGGGGAAUCCAGGAUUACUUCAUGGGCAUGGUGCCUAUGGUGAGAUUCUGGAUAAGCGUUGGCGUAGUGAGUUAAAGAGCCUACUCGAUCGUGGUUGGGUGAUUGCAUUUGCUGAUGUUAGGGGUGGUGGAGGUUAUGGCAAGGAGUGGCACCGGGAUGGUGCACGUACCAAAAAGAUGAAUUCUAUAUAUGAUUUUGUCUCUUGUGGUGAAUUUCUUCUUGAAAAAGGUAUCAUACAAGAAAAUAAGCUUGCUGGAUGGGGAUACAGUGCUGGAGGACUUCUGGUGGCUUCGGCAAUCAAUACUCGUCCAGAUUUGUUCCGUGCCGCUGUUUUAAAGGUCCCUUUCUUGGAUGUUUGCAACACACUGCUCCAUCCUAUUCUACCUCUUACAGCCAUUGAUUAUGAAGAGUUUGGAUUUCCUGUGGACCAUGAAGAAUUCCUUUCAAUCAAGAAGUAUUCUCCCUAUGAUAAUAUCCAGAAGGAUGUUCCUUACCCAGCUGUGUUUGUGACAUCAUCAUUCAAUACAAGGUUUGGUGUAUGGGAAGCAGCUAAAUGGGUUGCAAAAGUCCGUGAACUUACUCAAUAUGAUCCGGAGCGGCCUGUAAUUCUCAACUUGACAACAGAUGUUGUGGAAGAAAGCAAGUAUUUGGAAACCAAGGAAUUAGCAACGGAGACUGCUUUCCUAAUUAAAAUGGUGAACAAUACCUGAACAACAUCCUUUGCCUUUCGGCUUCCGAAAUUGUUUCUCAAACUCAAUGAUGUGGCCCAUGUGGGACAUGUGCUAUGUCGCUAGUCCUCCAUGUUUAACGAGAUCUGAGGAUUAGUCCAUCAAUUGGAGCUUAUACGAGAUGUCCUAGGAAAUCAUAUGCACAUAUUAUACUCCCCACUCACGCUAUCUUAAAUGGCCUGAUCUCUUGCCACCACCGACCUGGUAUCCCACGGUUCUACCAGUUGUAUGAUGUUACAAUUGGAUCAUCUCAGUUGAACCAUAUCAAAGUAUUGUUAUCUCCCCUCCUCAAUCAUGGAAUUGACAUCACAUGUCAUGAUCUAGAGGUGGAACACACCGUCAUCUAUCAAUUGGCACAUCAAGUUAAAUUAGACCAAGAUAUUCAUAUUGUACAUGGAAAGCUGAUACUAUACUAGACCUGAUGCUAGGUAGUGCAAACUCGAUUCUUCAUGGCCUUGGAGAUGUACUGCUGCUGUAUAGUAUACGUGCACUACGACAGUGAGACCAGAACAUACAUGUCUUAGCAGCGGAAGUGCCAAAUCAUUCUUUCAUCCUUCCACUGAAAUUCAAAUUCUCACAGCUUAUGAACGCCUGUAGCGAAGUAAGGAAUGAACAAAGUGAACUUGGUGUGAUAAUCAGGGUGGGUGGAGCAGUUGGAUGACCAUGUAUACCAUAAGUUUUUGUCGAUGUGGGAACUUCUACAGAUGAGAAGCUGGAAAGAUGUCACGAGGCAUGAAGCACUGAACAUAGGGGAUUCAGUUGGAGAGAGAUUACGUCUGGUUUUCAUUUUUGUAGCUUAUUUGCACUGGUGAUGUUGUUGCUCUGUAUAAACCGAACUUCCAUCCGGUGCAAUUCGGAUUAGCCGGAGGACACCUUGCAGUCUCGAUGACAAAUGUCCAUAUGUUCGUACAGUACCAUUCAGGAAAAAAGAAGAAGCUGUUGUGCA